AUGUCCUCCCUCGUUCGCGGCGACCUGGUGCGGCAAGCACACCACAAACGCAGUGGAAUCAAGUCUUACGUCCACGCCCUUCAAAAGUGGAACAUCACGCCUUCUCUGGAUGGUCCGUACUGUCGUGUCAAUCAGAUCCAUCAAACUGGAUCGCAGUCCAUCCUUAAGCAGUUCGGCAAGUCCGUUGGUGGAAAGGCUAAGGUGAAGCAACACGUUCUUGCGAAGAAGGAUCCCACGUCUGGCCAGACUGGAGAUGUGCCGGCGGAAGAUAUCGAGAACAACGCCGAAUACCUCGCAAACGUCACAAUUGGCACACCAGGCCAGACCUUCGCCUUGGACCUCGACACCGGUUCUGCCGAUCUCUGGUAUGGAGAUGGUUCGACGGCGAGUGGAGAUGUCGGGACUGAUAUUGUGGACCUUGGAGGAUUGAAAGUCCAACAUCAGGCGAUCGAACUGGCGAAGACGCUUUCGACGCAAUUCGCUUCGGGACCUGGUGAUGGACUUCUCGGUCUGGCGUUCGGCUCAAUUAACACAGUUUCGCCGUCGCCUGCACAGACCGUGGUCGAAAACAUGAUCACCCAAAGCGACAUCCCGAAGAACACGGAGCUCUUCACCACCUACCUUGGCAGCACUCCUCCUGGUUCUUCCUCCGACUCCUCAAAUGGUCUGGAAAUCAGUCGAUUGCGGAUACGGGAACGAACGACGUUGGCUCUCGUUGGAGAUGAUCUGUGCGAGGCGGUGUAUGGUGCGAUUCCAAGAGCGACGAAGAGUAGCCAGCAGCAGGGCUGGGUCUUCCCAAACUCGACCGAUCUCAGUAGCCUUCCUGCCGUCCGCCUGGCCAUUGGUGAUACCCUCUUCACAAUCAAUCCUGAAGAGCUUCCAUUCCAAGACUUGGGCGACGGAACCUUCUACGGUGGGAUUCAGAGCCGAGGUGACCAGACAUUCGACAUUUAUGGUGAUGUGUUCUUGAGGUAUUAUGCUCGUUCUGUUCAGACAUCGUGGACCUCGUGA